AUGAUGGGGCACCUUGCUCCUGACGCAGCGCUGAUGGCUGCUCUGCUCCUACUUGGCUACGCUGGGGCUGCAGCGGCGCAAGGAUCCGGUACUACGACAGUUCCCUCUGCAUCUUCUCUCGCGGGCUGUCCCAAGACGUGCGGCAACCUGAGCUUCGCGUACCCCUUCGGCAUCGGUGCUGGCUGCUUCCGGGUUCCCGGCUUCGAGCUCAUCUGCAACCAGACCGCGCAACCCCCGAGGCUCUUCCUCUUGGAUGGUGAAACGGAAGUCCUCUCCGACAUCGAUCCAUUAGUUGGUGGCUCCUCUGCCAGUCAUGUAUUUAUGUAUAUACGUGUCGGCAUUUCGUACUCCACACCAAUCAGAUCUGGCGUGGAUGUUUACAACAUGUCAUGGAAAGUACCUCGCCAACCUUUUACUGGCGCGCUGUACACAGAACUGAACUUCACUGGCUGUGACUUUGAUAUAUAUUGGUUAGAUGACGUUCACUCUAGGGUAUUGAUAUGUACUGUUACUUGCCCUAGCGAAGGGAUCGCAGAAAGCGUUGCCAGGCAGCACUGCAACGGUACUGGAUGCUGCCGUUAUGCCUUUGGCUACAUGGUGGGUUUUUCCUUGGAGCUCCAGUUUGUCAGGCACAACCGCGGCAAAGGCGGCAGCAUGCUCGAAGGGGAAAUGCAACAGAUCAAUCCGACCUCUCUAUGGGACAGAAUCAGUGUCGAAACACGUUACAUGAGGCUUUCUUGGGGCUUUUUACUGGAUCGACGACCAAGCUGCGCUGCCAUGGUGGACAACAAGACAAGCUAUGCAUGUAUCAGCAAGUAUAGCACUUGCACUAAUAACUGGUACUCCGGGAUCUUACGUUCAUAUCGUUGUGAAUGCGAGAAUGGAUAUGUUGGCAAUCCAUAUGUGUCAGAUGGCUGCUCGCGUGAUCGAGGGUAUAAUCCUGUUCCGCGGAAGGCGAAUUGUGGCAGAUCAUGUGGCAACAUCAGCGUUCCAUUUCCAUUCGGCCUAGAGGAAGACUGCUCUGCAAGGAAGCAAUUUCAGCUCGAGUGCUCUGACAUGAGAUCCUCCAGGCUUCAGCUUAUUAGUCUGAGCUACUACUAUGUGCGGCAGAUCAGCAUCAACGAAGGGAUUAUUGAAACAAUAGAUACUGAUGAAUCUUAUUAUACGGGAACUAAAAGCAUCUACACCGGUUCAAUGGGCACUCAAGAAUUGCACUGGGUGGUAGCCAAUCUUAGCUGCCAAGAGGCACAAGAGAAUUUCACUACAUAUGCAUGCGUCAGUGCUAACAGUACAUGCCUGGAUGUCAGCUCAAGAAGUAGUUUCUAUGGUUAUCUUGGUUAUCGAUGCAAAUGCAUGGCUGGCUUUCAUGGAAACCCUUAUGUCCCUAAUGGUUGCCGAGAUGUCAAUGAGUGUGAAACUACACCAGGAAUUUGUAAAGGAUUGUGCCAUAAUACUAUAGGAGGUUAUAAUUGCACAAAAUGUCCACAUAAAACAGAGUAUGAUGCCACAAAAAUGAGGUGCACUCCAACCAACAAGCAAAAAGGUCUUCUGCUAGGUAUCGUGAUCGGCCUUGGUGUUGGCUUUGGAGUUCCUCUUCUCGGCUUAAGUGCUACAUUUAUUGUCCUUAGGUGGAAAGAAGACGUUCGAAAGAAACAACGCAGGAAAUAUUUCCGGGAGAACCAAGGUAUUCUACUCGAACAGUUAAUAUCUUUGGAUGAAAAUGCCAGUGACAAGACAAAAAUAUUCUCCUUAGAAGAUCUAGAAUAUGCAACACACAACUUUGACCAAACACGUAUACUUGGUUGUGGAGGACAUGGCACAGUAUACAAAGGCAUCUUACCUGAUCAGCGAGUGGUGGCCAUAAAAAGUUCUAAGGUUAUCGAACAAUGUGAAAUCAAUCAGUUCAUUAAUGAGGUCAUUAUUCUUUCACACAUAAACCACAGAAAUAUCGUAAGACUAUUCGGAUGUUGUCUUGAAACCAAGGUCCCGUUGCUGGUAUAUGACUUUGUUCCCAAUGGUUCAUUAUAUGAUAUUCUUCAUUCAAGUUCACAUAGCAGUUUCUCAUUGUCAUGGGAUGACUGCCUAAGAAUUGCCCUAGAAGUUGCAGGGGCUCUCUGUUAUCUCCACUCUGCAGCUUCAGUAUUGGUUUUCCAUCGGGAUGUAAAGUCAUCUAAUAUACUCCUUGAUGCAAACUACACUGCUAAAGUUUCAGAUUUUGGAGCUUCAAGGGUAGUUCCUAUUGACCAGACUCAUGUUAACACAAAUGUACAAGGCACAUUUGGUUACUUGGAUCCAGAGUAUUACCGAACUGGACAGCUAAAUGAAAAGAGUGACGUGUAUAGUUUUGGUGUUGUACUUGUUGAGUUGCUUAUCAGAAAGGAGCCUGUUUUUACUACUCCCUCAGGCUCAAAACAAAACUUGUCAAGUUACUUCCUAUGGGAGUUGAAGUCAAGGCCAAUAAAAGAGAUAGUUGGUGCUCAAAUCCGUGAGGAAGCAACUGAGGAAGAAAUUAACAGUGUAGCAGACCUCGCAGAGAUGUGCCUACGGCUCCACGGUGAAGAGAGACCUACUAUGAAGCAAGUGGAGAUGACAUUGCACACGUUGCAUGUGAAAAGGUCAAAUGUAUGCCGGGUUGCUCAAGGAGACAAUCAAGAUAUACAGCAGUUGAUGUCCUCUAGAGAUAAUGUUGCUCCUCUGGCUAGCUGUAGCCUAGACCAACAAAACCGAAGAUGCUACAGCUUGGAGCAAGAGUUCAUAUCAUCUGCCGAGAUACCCCGAUAAAAGUUUACCAUCAUCAUAUAUAGAUAUAUAUAUGACCAUCCUAAAAGCGUCCCAUUGAAGUUAUUAGCUUCAACCUAUCAGCUUCCUAGCUAUCUAUUAGCUAUUAGUAUCUGGAACUGUAUCUGAAUUGUGCUUCUAUGUGUGCAUGUCUGGCCCUAUUUUGUACUUCAAACAUGCAAUAAAUAAAUUCAGU